GAUGCGCGGGGUGGAUGUGAGGUCAUGGGCGGGGCGGAAGUGCGGUCGGCCAGUAAGGGAGCGGCGGAGCGGAUAUGAGGUAAAUGAGCGGGGCGGAAGUGCGUGUGUGAAACCAGUGGGCAGGCAGUGGUGGAGGAGGCGAGUUGGCGAACAUGUCCCACAGAUGCUGUUACCUUGGAGCCAGAACACCAAUAGAAGUUGACUUGAUGGUAAAACAGCUGAAGGAUUUAGACAAAGAAACCUUCAGAAAAAUACUCAAAGCACAAUUGUGUCUUGUAGCGGUUGUUAACUCGCUCGAAGGAAAAGACUCCAGAGAGGCUGUGAGGAGCAUCGCUGAGACAGAGAACCUACCUGAGGAGCAGCUAAGUUAUAUCGUAGCGGGCAUGUACACGCUGCUCGGAGAAGCUCUGCGGUUACCACAGACUUCGCUCAAGCAAGAGGUUUUUAAGGGUGAUCUAAGGGACCUCAGGAUUCCAGAGGAAUUUAUUUCUGACUUUGCAAGUGUUGUGUUUGGAAACAGACGCUCAAUAUUGGAAACCGCAGCCUUGCAAAACAGGACUCGAUUGCCAACUCUUCAGGAUUUCAGAUGGCGGGUUGAUGUGGCUAUUUCUUCCAGUUCCUUGACCCGUGCCCUGCAGCCUGCUAUCCUGAUGCAGUUAAAACUGUCGAAUGGUACUGUUCAGCGUUUUGAAGUACCAGUUGCAAAGUUCCAGGAGUUGCGGUACAACGUCGCUCUAAUCCUGAAGGAAAUGAACGACUUGGAAAAAAGAAGCAUUCUCAAAAUUCAAGAUUAGUAUAUUUGAGUGUCAUCAAAUCAAAACUGUAAACCAGGAACUCGCCUAUAGCCUUCCAAAGGAGACAAUCUUGCUUUAUUAAAGCUGCCAUACCCAGAGAAUGUUUCAUUAUUUUUAAUACUUGUGCAGAGUCACCUAACUGGUGACUUAUGAACUGAGAUCACUGGUGCAUCAUGGGCUUCUUGAAUUGAUUCCCAAUAUUCAACAGCCUUAAAAUGUCUGUCUUACAAAACCAACUUGAAUGUCAGUUAAUGCUACUGCAACUGACUUGAUAGAUCAUCUCAAGCCACACACUCAGUUCCUGGCCUUCUAUUUAAAAGGAAAAUUACAUCAGCAGAAGUCUGGCUUUUGGGGUGGCAAAGAGAGUGAAAGUGGAGCAAAAUAAAAGGAAGGAUGCAAGAACUUGAACAAUGGUAAUAAUGUAUUAGUCAAAACUGGAAAAUGAUUAAAGACUAUAAAUCAUGUAAUGUUUGAACAUGACCAGCCCUUUUAUGUAAGUUCUUAAGUUGAGCGACCUUUAGCUUGUUGUACAAUAACAGAUUCAGUUUCAAAGGUAAUAUAACCUCCAAGUUGUAUAACUUGUUAUAUAAAGCAGCAUACUUCUGGCAUUCCAUUUUUAGCCUUGUAAAGUCUCUGACCAGUGCAGAAACUGAUCAUUGUACUUGGGUCUUCAAACCAAGCUACUGAAAAAUCCAUACAGAUGGAGUUUAUCUUUGCCCAUUAUGGAGUAAACAUCCACUAUUUAUCCUGAUCCAAAGGUCUUGGAUUCAGGUAGGAAUUAAUUAUGUCAGAUCCUUAGACUGGCACUGUAAGAACCCGGUUGUUUGUCAGUUGGAGCUUAAAUUCUUGGGUGUUAGUCUCUCUUUCAAAACCGCUGAUGGGAACCAUGAGACAAUGGAGAAAAUAAAGUAUUUGAACAUG